GAGGGGAAAAGUAGGAGGAACCAUGCUGAAAGUGCAGGUAAACCCAAUAUUUGCUAAGUGAAUAAAUAAUCUUUUUUUGUUGUUGCUUUGAUUACUGCGCGCCUCGACACUGAGUGCAAAGGUCGAUUAAAGAACCCCAGUGCUGAAAGGAGGCGGUAGCUGUUACAAAAUAUCGAAGGUUGAAGUUGAUUUUCUAUUGAGGGGUCAACAAAAUGAAUUUCCUCCUGGAAACCCUUCAGUUGAUUGUAAUGUCCAUCUAUUACAACAUAGAGGCGUUUGUCAGACUGUUCAUCCCACUCAAGAAGAAAGAUGUCACCGGGGAAAUCGUCCUCAUCACGGGGGCGGGCAGCGGCAUUGGCCGGCUCAUGGCAGAAAAGUUUGCCCCCCUGGGCGUCUCUCUGGUUCUGUGGGAUGUCAACCAGGAGGGCAUGAAGGAGACUGCAAGAUUAGUGAAGGAGAAAGGGGCAGCUAGGGUCCACUACUACUUGUGUGACUGCAGUAACAAGGCUGCGGUCUACAGAGUAGCUGACCAGGUCAAGAGAGAGGUGGGGGAUGUGAGCGUUCUCAUAAACAACGCAGGCAUCGUCACAGGCAGGAAUUUCAUGGACGCACCAGACGCCCUCAUUGAGAAAACCAUUGAAGUUAACACAAUGGCACACUUUUGGACAUAUAAAGCCUUCCUCCCAGCGAUGACUGCCAACAACCAUGGUCACCUGGUCAGUAUUGCUAGUACGGCGGGUAUGAUUGGUGUCAAUGGACUAGCAGAUUACUGUGCCAGCAAGUUUGCUGCUAUUGGCUUUGCUGAGUCUGUGGCUCUGGAGCUGCUGGCUACGGGGAAGGAUGGAGUCAAGACUACCAUUGUGUGUCCACACUUCAUCAACACUGGCAUGUUCGAUGGCUGCAAUUCUAAGUGGCCUCUCUUGGUGCCUGUCCUGGAUCCAGACUACGUAGCAAAGAAGAUCAUUGAGGCCAUUUUAACUGACCAGGUCUACCUUCUGCUCCCAAAGAGCAUGUAUCUUCUCAUGGGCAUGAAGAAGAUUUUACCCUUUAAGACUGGGAAUCUGCUGGGGCUGUACCUGGGAGCAUUCAACUUUAUGGAUGCCUUCAAAGGACGCGUCAAGAAAGAGGGGUAGUGAAGAAGACGAGACCAACCACACAUACUCAGUACAUUUUGUCUCAGACUCAAAGGUGAUUGAUAGUGCCGAUCAUGUUUAUCUGUAGUUUUUUCCCUUUUUAAAUGUUUUAUUUUUGUUUAACUAAUUUGAGUGUAUGACGAAAAGCCUACGUACUAGUUUACAUCGGCAGACGAGGGAUAUGUGUAGGAUAAGGUAAUCAAAUACUGAUAAAUAUGUAACGAAUGUAUGACCUUAAAAAAAAGAUGAUGGUGAUAUGUAUUUUCAUAGCAUCAACACAAGUAGACUUGAGUGUGCUUUUUGGAUCGACAGACUCCGUAUGAAAUGUUUUUACGAGUUAUAUUCACUUUAUGAAGUUCACGCUGUGUAUGUUAGCUCACUACAAUGACACAGGCUCAAUAGCUAAAUGUGGUUCCUUGUUUAGUGGAAUAUGUCCUCUUCUUAUUUUAUUUUUUUGUGUCCCCUUUUUGGCCUGAAGGAACAUUGGAAGGUUUUAUAUUGUUGAUGCACUUUUUUUGUGUUCAUUUGUUAAUACAGAUCUAUUGUUGUGGGGGUAUCGAGAUUACGUUUUUGUUAACAUGGGUGUUUAGAAUAAGUUAUUGUUCACGUGGAUGUUUUAGAUUACUACAUACGCACAAUAUGUUCUAAUGGCCAAGUAGAGAAACUCAGGAAAAAGUGUCAUGUAAGGGAUCAUUACCUGUGUGUACUGGACUAGUUUGUACAUUUCGCAAAGUCUACAGUAGCCAUUGAAGGUGAUGGUUUACUCCAUUGAUUUUCCUAUUGGCAAUAAAGUAAUAAUGCACAUGACACUUUAGAUGUGUUAGGCAUAGGUUUGGAAUGGUAGGAUAAUUGAUUAGCUUUUGUUGGAAAAUGAGAGUUUGGUACAUACUAUGUUCUCUUAACUGGACAACCUACCCUUUUAUAUUUGAAAUUACUGACAGCUAUUUAUUGCUUAAUCAGGUACGAUGUUUUACUUUGACAUUGAAGACGAGAUGACCACGUGAGUUAACUAAUUGUAUUUAACUUGUCAGUUGUGUUGCAUUUUAAUAACCACAAUAGCAUUGUUUACAUGUGUAACAAUGUUGGUAUCUAAAUUAGCACUUUUAAUAGUAAAAAUUACUUAUAUUAACCUUUGAUCUUGAAAAAUAAAAGUUAGAAAUGA